CGGGGCCGCUGUGCACUAUCUGCCUUUUCCCCCUCUCCCCCGAAGUUCCUGCUCAGUCCACCCGGACCUAGCUUCCCCCAACCCCAGUGCAGGCCCGAGUGAGAGGUUCCGGAGCCCGGGUGCGGGCGGGAUUCCGGCGUGGACGCUGCGGGCCAUCCCGCCCCAGGCUGCUCCGCACUGCCUCGGGAGCUUCAGCUGCCCCUUGGUGUGCAGUUCCACAGAUAAGAAUUUCAAGAAAAUCAGAUGGCAUCCGGGGAUUUCUGCUCACCUGGAGAAGGAAUGGAAAUACUCCAACAAGUGUGCAGCAAACAGCUUCCUCCUUGUAACCUGAGUGAAAAGGACCUGUUACAAAACCCACACUUCAGCAAGCUGCUGCUGAGUCUCGCACAACACGUAGACGAGAGUGGCUUAAGCCUCACCCUGGCAAAGGAGCAGGCUCAGGCAUGGAAGGAAGUUCGACUGCAUAAAACAACAUGGUUGAGGUCUGAGAUUUUACAGAGAGUCAUUCAAGAGCUGCUUGUGGACUACUAUGUGAAGACACAAGACACAAAUUUAACUUCUGAGGACAAAAAGUUUCACGAGACCCUUGAACAGCGGCUACUCGUGACUGAACUGACGGGGCUGUUAGGGCCCAGCCGGGAGAAGGAAAUGCCUCCGCUGCUAGGGCUGGAGAAAGCCGACCUUCUGGAGCUCAUGCCCCCCUCAGAGGAUUUUGUGUGGAUGAGAGCUCAGCUCCCGCUGGAAGUAGAGGAGCAGCUCAAGAAGAAAUGUUUCACCCUGCUGUGCUACCAUGACCCCAAUUCAGAUUCAGACAGUGAAACCUUGAAGGCGGCAAAGGUGUGGAAACUGGCAGAGAUCCUGGUGGGUGAGAAGCAGCAAUGCCAGGAUGCCAAGAGCCAGCAGCAGGAGCAGAUGGUGCUGCUGGAGAAGAAGAGUGCCACCUACUCCCAGGUGCUUCUCCGCUGCCUAGCCUUGCUGCAGAGGCUUCUUCAAGAGCACCGGCUUAAGACUCAGUCUGAGCUGGACCGCAUCAAUGCUCAGUACCUAGAGAUCAAGUGCAGUGCCAUGAUCCUUAAGCUGAGGAUGGAGGAGCUAAAGAUCUUGUCUGACACUUACACUACUGAGAAAGUGGAAGUUCAUCGUCUCAUUAGGGACCGUUUGGAGGGGGCCAUCUGCCUACAAGAGCAGGACAUGGAGAAGUCCCGACAGGUCCUGAGCACCUAUGAGGUCCUUGGGGAGGAGUUUGACAGGCUGGUAAAAGAGUACACUCAACUCAAGCAGGCAACUGAGAACAAGCGCUGGGCCCUCCAAGAGUUUAACAAGGCCUGCCGCUGAGCGCUGGCUGGUGGGGGUCUGGAGGUGGACUUCUGCUCCGGUGCUGCCUCCCCCUCCUCUUGCCAAAAGGACCACCUCCACCUGAGGCCCACCUUCACUCCGGGAGUGUGGGGACACUUGCUUGAAGCCCUGCAAUGGUUUAGGCACCGUCCUGGUUUUUCUUCCUUGUUUACAGUGACUGAGUCUCUUCUGGGAAAUGUAACAGAUUUAUAUAAUUUUAUGUGCAACUAUUUGUCAGUGUCAGCACUAUAGGAUAUUUGAUUACCUCCUGAAUAAAGUGAUGAUGCUUCCUUUGGGCAAGGAUGAAAAAAGAAUAUGAAAGGUGGGUAAGGAGGAGAACUGAGUGGAUCCAGACAGACCGAUGGAUAAUGCCUCUGCCAGCAGUGGGAGGCAGGAGUGCAGCCUGCCCACCUGGAGCCUUAGAGGCUUCAUUCUUGGAGAGCAGACAUGGAUUACAUCUGGCCUUGCUCUUGAAGAACUGUAAUAUCCAGAGGAGUGCUCGAUGCCAAGGCGGGGUGGGGGGGGAGGGGGAACUAUUCCGUCACCAAAGCUCUCAGUGGGGCAGUCCUGAUAAAGCAGCAGGGCACCCAGCUCUGUUACUGGAAGGGACACCAGCCCCUUGGAUUCCUGGUUCCCUCUGGUGUGGUUUGAGCGUUACCUUUUCCUCUGAAAGCAGAGAGUGGGAAGAGAUCACCCCGAGGGACCAAGUUUCACAGUCCACUUAUUUUAGAGCAAGGCAGGGCCCUGAUUGGCAUCACAGUCGGGGACUGAGAACAGAAGCAGAAGACCUCCACCCUUAUUUAGAAGAGCCUACCUAGCUUCUCAAACUUCUUUCAAGGGAGGCUGUCUUGAGGCAUUCUGCUACAAUGAAUAACGAUGGUCUUGGAUUGCUUUAUAGGAAAGACUAAGGUCUUUGACAUAAUUUUAUUUUUUUUUAAGUUUAUUUAUUUUGAGAGAGAGAGUGUGAGUGGGGGAGGGCCAGACAGAGGGAGAGAAAAUCCCAAAGAGCCAGAGAGAGAGAGAAUCUACACUGUCAAUGUAGAGCUGGGGCUGGAACCCACAAGCCCUGAUAUCAUGACCUGAACCAAAAUCAAGAGCUGGAUGCUCAACUGACUGAGCCACCCAGGUGCCCUGACAUAAUUUUAACUUUUUUUUUUUAGCUUUUUUCUGUAAAUGGUACUUAUUGCCAUUUAUCUAUAAGGAAAAUUAACAAAUCACAAACCAAUUAAUGGAAAAAGUCAGAAAUAAUCAAUAUUGCUUAGUUCUAUAGUGUUCUUUUCCCCAACAUUUUUGGGGUAAAGUUUCAAACUUACAGAAAAAUAUAAAAGAAUAAUACAAUAAGCACCAGUAUAAUCUCAACAACCUAGAUUCAACAACUGCUAACAUUUUGAUUUCCUCUGUUUCUUUUCUCUCCUUCCUCCCUCUCUCUCUAAAUAGAUUGAUAAAUAUUUGGUUAUAUGGACUUUUUUUUUCUAGAACCAUUUUAUAGUAAAUUACAGAUGUGAUAUUUCAUUUCUUAAAUACUUAAGCAGGUAACUCCUAAAAAUAGGGGCACUCCUCUGUAUAACUAAUAAAAUUAUUAUACCUAAAAGUUAGUAACUUUGUAAUAACUCUUAUCCAGGUCAUAUUAAAAUUUCCCUAAUAUGUUUUCCUGGUCUAGGGUCCAAUAAAGGCCCAGGCAUUACAUUUGGAUAUUAGGUUUCUUUAAUCUCUCUCUCUCUCUCUCUUUUUUUUUUUUUUUAAUGUUUACUUAUUUUUGAGAGCAAGAGACAGAGAGAGAGUGCAAGCAGGGGAGGGGCAGAGAGAGGGAGAAAGAGAAUCCCAAGCAGGCUCCACACUUACUGCAGAGCCCGAUGUGGGGCUCAACCUCAUUAACCAACUGAACCACCCAGGCGCCCCUUUAAUCUCUUUUAAAAUAAACCAUUUCUCCUACCUUUUUUUUUUCUUUUUAAGUAGAAAUUAAUUUUUUGAAAAAUCCUGGCUGGUUACUUUGUAGAAUGUCCCGUUGUCUAUUUCCUGCAGUAGUUAACUUGCACCUUGCCUGUUCUGUCCAAUAUAGUAGCCACUAGCCACAUACAGGUAUUUAAAUUCAAAUUUAAGUUAAUUAGGAUGACAUAAAAUUUCAGUAGGUUGGUGGUUACUGUAUUGGAUGGUACAAAUAUACAACAUUUCUCUCAUUCUAGGAAGUUUUAGGGGCACCAGACUUGUUCAGUCAGUGGAACAGUCAGUGGGACUCUUGAUCUUGGAUUGUGAGUUCAAGACCCACGUUGGAAGGCAGCUAUGCUCACCACUAUGCUACCAACGCUAGACCCGUGUUGGGAGUAUAGAUUACUUAAUAAAUGUUUAAAUUUUUUUUAAAUUUUUUAAAUGUGGAGCUCGAACUCAAACUGAGAUUGUGACCUGAACUGAAGUUAGACACCCAACUACUGAGCCACCCCAGUCCCAAUAAAUAAAAGUUUUUAAAAAUAUAAAGAAGCUAUUGGGGUGCCGAGGUGGCUCAGUCGGUUAAGUGUUCGACUCUUGAUUUCUGCCCAGGUCAUGAUCUCAUGGUGUGAAAUAGAGCCCUGUGUUGGGCUCUGCACUGAUUGUGGAGCUGGCUUGGGAUUUCCUUUCCCCUCUCUCUGCCCCUCCCCCACUCCCC